CACCAGCCGAGACACCCAAGAGGAUUACCCCCUUUGCCCCCCUCCCACCCACCCUCCCACCCACUCCCCCAAAAAGAGAAGCUCCCCUCUCCUGGCCCAUCCCUUCCCUUCUUCCCUCCCCCUCCCCCCGAACUUUCCCUCUCGCAUGCUUUUCCCCUGCACCACGGAUCGCCUCUCGGAUGCCGCUUGCCUGGAAGCUGCGCUAGGAGCGAGCGGCGGCGGUGGCGGCGGUGGCGGCGGCGGCGGCAGCUCGGGAGUGCUAUGACCGGCAAACUCGCCGAGAAGCUGCCGGUGACCAUGAGCAGUUUGCUAAACCAACUGCCUGACAAUCUGUACCCCGAGGAGAUCCCCAGCGCGCUCAACCUCUUCUCCGGCAGCAGCGACUCGGUAGCCCAUUACAAUCAGAUGGCUACAGAGAAUGUGAUGGACAUCGGUCUGACCAACGAGAAGCCCAACCCGGAACUCUCUUACUCGGGCUCCUUCCAGCCAGCCCCCGGCAACAAGACCGUGACCUACUUGGGAAAGUUCGCCUUCGACUCCCCUUCCAACUGGUGCCAGGACAACAUCAUUAGCCUCAUGAGCGCCGGCAUCUUGGGGGUGCCCCCGGCCUCAGGGGCGCUCAGCACGCAGACGUCCACGGCCAGCAUGGUGCAGCCGCCGCAGGGCGACGUGGAGGCCAUGUAUCCGGCGCUGCCCCCCUAUUCCAACUGCGGCGAUCUCUACUCGGAGCCCGUGUCUUUCCACGACCCCCAGGGCAACCCCGGGCUCGCCUAUUCCCCCCAGGAUUACCAAUCGGCCAAGCCGGCCUUGGACAGCAAUCUCUUCCCCAUGAUUCCUGACUACAACCUGUACCACCACCCCAACGACAUGGGCUCCAUUCCGGAGCACAAGCCCUUCCAGGGCAUGGACCCCAUCCGGGUCAACCCACCCCCCAUUACCCCUCUGGAGACCAUCAAGGCUUUCAAAGACAAGCAGAUCCACCCGGGCUUCGGCAGCCUGCCCCAGCCGCCGCUCACGCUCAAGCCCAUCCGGCCCCGCAAGUACCCCAACCGGCCCAGCAAGACCCCGCUCCACGAACGGCCCCAUGCGUGCCCUGCUGAGGGCUGCGACCGCCGUUUCAGCCGCUCGGACGAGCUGACCCGGCAUCUGCGCAUCCACACGGGCCACAAGCCCUUCCAGUGCCGGAUCUGCAUGCGGAGCUUCAGCCGCAGCGACCACCUCACCACUCACAUCCGCACGCACACGGGCGAGAAGCCCUUUGCCUGCGAGUUCUGCGGGCGCAAGUUUGCGCGCAGCGACGAGCGCAAGCGCCACGCCAAGAUCCACCUCAAGCAAAAGGAGAAGAAGGCGGAGAAGGGGGGCGCGCCCUCGGCAUCCUCGGCGCCCCCGGUGUCCCUGGCCCCCGUGGUCACCACCUGCGCCUGAGGCUGUGGCCCCCAGAUCCCCACUUUUCCCCUUCAGUGCCUCCGGCUGCUCGCCUGAAAGCAGCGGGAAAGCCAGCCACGGAGGCGCAGGGGCCGCGCCCUGGCCUCUCCAUGGACGUGCGGCACCUUGCUCCCCUGCGAUGCCCCCGGCUCCCACCCUUUCACACCGGCCAGCGGUCAGGGGCCAGGGCUGGAGGCGCCUUCCCCUCGCUGUCCCCCCCUUAGCCAAGGCGUGGGGGCGGAAAGGUGGCGUCUAGCCCGCUUUGUUCAGUAGGAUCGCCUUGAUCCAGGGGCCGCCGGGCCGCGCCAAGGACCUGCGGGGGACUGAAGGCGGAGCCCACCCAACCCUCGCCCAACCCAAACACCUCACUGUUUCCCCCGUGUUUCCCUCCGUUCCCCCUCGAAGACUCGAGAGGGGGAGGGGGUAAGAAGCGCACCAAAGCGCAGAGCUUGCCGCCCGCCGCACGCACGCGCGCCUGCGUGCGGGGAUGCGCGCGAGAAUGUGCGUGCUCGCGUGUGCGUGUGUGGAUGAGUGUGUGGAUGUGCGCGCGCGCGCGUGCGCGCGUGUGUGAGACUCUUGAGCUGAACUGGGCUGUGUCUACCCCAAACUCUUCCCCACAUUGGGUCCCCAGGCCGCUGGGGCAUGUCCCAGGCUGGGGGCCUGCACGUGGCCGGAGGAGAUGGUCUUCCAUCUGCUCUGAAAUAAUGUUUCUUACAGAAAUGCCUCGGAUGCCGCCGCCGCGGUGCCGCUGCCGCCGCUUCGGGUUUGGCCCCUCAGAACCCCUCCUUUUCCGAGCGCUUCCCUCUUAGGCCUCAGGGCAGUUUGAUCUGCGGGGAGAAAAAGCAGCCAUCACUGAGCCUGCCUUUAAAUAUAUAUAUACACGUAUAUUUUCUCGGCCCCACUUUUAAAAAUGUUCCUGAGUUUGCCCUCUGCCCUUCCUCCCCGCCUUUUCCCUCCCCCCUGUAAGCCUUCUCCCCUUCUCUCCCCAAAUCUUUUUCCAGAAAGGCAGGCCUCCCCCAUCCACUCAGCUUUCUGUUUUCUCUCUCACCUUCCUUCCCACCAUGCGUGAGAGAACUGGCUUUGGUCUUGCCCUUUGUCACCUCCAACACAGCAGAUAGAAUUGAAAUAGAUGCACAGGGUGUGUGUGUGUGUAUGUGUAUGUAGAUGCACACACAUGCAUAUAUGUAACAUGCACACAGUAUGUAUUCCGAGCAAAAUAAAAUCUCUAAGGUAUUUGGUUAUCCAGUGCAAUGCCCUGGACUAAAGAGAAUUUGUAGGUGUAUACAGCUUUAAAUGGUUUAUUUUUUAGGAAAAUGUUAACUGAUGAGAUUGUAUUUACUUGUGUGUGUAUGUAUGUGUGGAUAUAGACAUACACAUAUCUGUACGUAUAUGUGUGUGGAUAUACAUGCAUGCAUCUCUGUCCAAAUUUUCUUCAAAGACACAGGGAUUUUUUUCAUUAAUCCAUGUUGAUGAAUGAGGCGUCUCUUUUCCAUACCCCAAUCUCACCUUCUCCCCGCCCUACCUCACCUCUUCUCAGGCACCCCCUCGUCCCCAGCUGUCCUGCCCAAUGCUUCUCAAACAGGGUGGCUCUUUUGAAGUGGAGUAGUAGGGAAGGUUGCUCUCUGACACAGCUUCCAGCACAGUCUUGACUGAAUGUACUGUUCCUAUUAGCGUUAUUUCUCCUGCGGUCAGUAAAGCUGCCCAGAGAGAAGGAACAAAGGUCUGGAGUUUACAGAAUGUCUGUUUUUAAAGUCACUUUAUGCGUUUCCCACUUUUUUUUUUAUAAAGAAAAAAAAGCACCUUUUUUGGUGGUGGAUAAAUAUACUAAAAGGACUGUAGCGAAAUGAGGGGGGGGGAAAUCAAAGAGCAGGGGGGUUGUGAAUUUCCAGGUACUUGGACUUUUUGUAGAAGGAGAGAGAAGAAGAUGAAGUUUGACGGGAGGGCCCAUAUUUUUUCAGCUGAAGGGUAAAAUCUUUCUUUGCAGAGACAGUAUUUUGCUGAAUACUUUUUAUAAUGUGAUGAUUAUUAAAAAACAAAAAUUUUGGUCACUUCAAAGCUGGAAGGAGAAAUCAGAUAUCCUUUAAUAUUUUUUCCUUGCUCCUUCUGGUAUAUGCAUGUCACUGCAUGAUAACUCGGAGUUUUCCUUUGUUUUAAUAAAACUGUUCUCAGACAUUUAAGCUAAACUAAGAAAAAUAACUUUGUUGCCAAAAGGUUGUGCUAUCCAGAUUUUUUAUAUGUCUGCAUGUUUAAAAAAAAGAAAAAGAACAAAAGAAAAUGCACUCUAACUUAUGUGAACUGAGAGAAAAAAAAUCAGGUUUUAAACAGGAAAACCUAUGGGGAAUGAUAUUUUUUGAAAGACUUUUGUAUAAAGUUGAGUACUUAGAAAAAAGACAAACCAGAUGUAAUAUAUUUUGUGGAUGUUUUUAUUUCUUGGAUUUAUAGUACCUUAUACUAAGGUUAAAAAAAUAUGCUUGAUAUUGUGAAAAAGGUGAAAUUCUUCACCAACAUUUCAUUUGCUCCUCUGUCACGACGUUGUUAUGCCAAUAUAAUAUAGUUCAUGAAAACAGCAUUUUUAAAAACCGAAAUAUUGAAAUGGUGUAAUGUUGUACCAUUUGCACUGUGAGCAAAUGCUAAUACAGUAAAUAUAUUGUGUUUGCUGACAAUCA